GGUGCGGGUCUUGUCACUAUCCAUAGUGAAGAAGAAAAUGCUUUUGUGCGCGGACAUAUAGAGACUUCGGGUCAAGGGCGGUGGCUUGGAUUAACGACCAACUACGAAGACGGGGGCUAUCGUUGGAUGGACGGCUCGAGAAUGAAAGAUCCUCCUUUUUUGGGUAUUAAGAAAAACACAAACAGCCCAAUAACGUCCACUUAUCACUACUGUAUAGAAAUGGAGGAAUACGGUUUAAGGAAACCUGUNGUAGGAAGUGACAUGUGUCCACAGCAAGGAAAAUGGCCUUGGGGUUAUCACAAACUUGGGGAUCAAGACUUUUGUUACAUGAUUAUUGACAAACUCGUAAGCGAUUGGGAUAAGGCUCAGGCGAUGUGUAACGAAUAAGGUGCGGGUCUUGUCACUAUCCAUAGUGAAGAAGAAAAUGCUUUUGUGCGCGGACAUAUAGAGACUUCGGGUCAAGGGCGGUGGCUUGGAUUAACGACCAACUACGAAGACGGGGGCUAUCGUUGGAUGGACGGCUCGAGAAUGAAAGAUCCUCCUUUUUUGGGUAUUAAGAAAAACACAAACAGCCCAAUAACGUCCACUUAUCACUACUGUAUAGAAAUGGAGGAAUACGGUUUAAGGAAACCUGUUGAGGAGCUUGGUUUUUUUCAGGUAAACGACCUUGCGGAUUGACCUCUGAUAUAUCGCCAUAAGACUAUGCAUUUUAUAAAAUAAAUGUAAACUAUUAUUGAUGUUGCUCAAUUUUGGUUUAAAUGAUAAUUGUAAAUGCUCCCCUCUUCCCUUUUAAAGAUGUAGUGGUGGAUGGAGUUCGCAUAAUGUACAUGAGAGGUCGUUUUGCUACAAAUCAUUUGGAGAAACUGACGAAAACCAAAGAAAGUCGUUUUACUCUGCUGCGAGACACUGCAAAUCUCAGGAUGGUAGUUUAACGAGUAUCUUAACUGAAGAAGAACAGAUGUUUUUGCUAGGAUUAAAUGGCAAUGAACAGUGGAUUGGUUUAGAUGACGGCUGGGGCGCACGUGUAUUCUUGUGGUCGGAUGGCCAGCAGUUAGUAUCAGAUGAUGCACGUUGGGCAGACAAUGAGCCGAACAACAACUACUACCAAGAGCACUGCGUGCUCCUCGAGGGGACAACAUGGAAGGACUGGAACUUUUAA